AUGGCACAAUAUAUUGAUCCUUGGCAGCGUAAGACGAUCGCCUAUAUGAUACUCAGCAAGAACAGAUUCACCACGUCACAAAUGGCCAAGGUCGCGAAGUGUAGUGAGCGUUCCGUCACUAAUAUACGCAAGAACAUGCGGUUGUUCGGUGAUGCCAGGUCUCCCCUAGUCCCGGUCGGUCGACAACCAAGCAUCGCCCCUGUCAUGCUGGACGCCCUCUGUGAUCAUCUCACCGAAAAGCCCGGCCUAUAUGUCGAAGUGAUGGCUAUCUUCUUGUGGGAUGAGUUCAACAUAUUACCAUCAUCAUCCAGCAUCAAGCGUGCUCUUUCCCAGGCUGGCUGGACUAAGAAAGCCCAACAGAAAGCAAAAGAAAAGAACCCUCAACUACGAGAUUUCUACCAGCAUAAACUAUCUGAGUUUCGGUCGUGUCAUCUGGUGUUUGUUGAUGAAUCCGGAUGCGAUAAAAGGGUAGGAUAUAGGCGGACUGGCUGGUCACCACUCGGCGUGACACCGGUCCAGGUGUCGAAAUUUCAUCGAGGCCAACGCUACCAGAUACUGCUGGCGUAUACGCAAGAUGGUAUCAUUCUGUCCCGUAUUUUCAAAGGUUCAACUGAUGCUACGUUCUUCGAAUCGUUUAUUGAGCAGCUUCUUCAGCACUGCGGAAGGUGGCUGGAGCCAUAA